AUGACGGACUCGACAGGUGGUAUACCGACGGAUGCGUGGACAGAGAUCGAGGCCAUCAGUGACCAGGUUAGACGAGCGCUCGAGUGUCCGGUCUGCUUGAUGCUGUCCCCGGACAUGGCGUGUCCCUAUGUGGCGUGCCAGAACGGACACACGGCGUGCCGUAGUUGCUUGCACGAGCUGUGGAACAGCAACUCCACGCACCACUGUCCCACGUGCCGAUCACCGAUGGACACGAGUACGUUAUCGAUGGCGACCGUUAUACUAUUGACCGAGGUUCUGGCAACAGUGAGGCUGGCGUGCACUUACCGGGAGUUCGGCUGCAACCAGAUGUAUUAUGUCCGCGACGUACCAGAUCACGAACGGACGUGCGUGUACAAGCCGAACACCUAUUGUCUGGUGGCCGCGUGUCAAUGGGUGGGCACCUACGAUCAGUUGCACGAACACGUGGGUUGCAUGCAUCCCGACGUCUAUAUCAAAAAAACGGUAAAUCAUAAAACAAUUUUGAAUAUUUUCAUUCCAUUCGUAAUAUUUCUCGCACAAGCUUAUUUAAUACUGUCGCAAACACCCGUCUACCAAUUCCAUCAGCUGUAACCGCUAUAAUGUAGGUAGGGUACUGGGUACUUUUGUAAUACGGUUUUUGCGGGCAUUACAAAACAAAAACCGAUAAUUUUCAUGUAUAUAUACUCGUAUUAUAAAUUAUACUAUUAAUCGCUGACAAUUAAAUAUGAAAAAUUAGUACAUUCGUUUAUUAGUUCAUUCCCCGCCAAGAAAACGCACGCAAUCGAUAGGCAAAUUACGGGAUUGAAAAUAAAAAAUGCAAUUGUUUUUUUUUUUUUAAUUUUUUGUCGGAAUUAACAACGGUUGUCAAUAUAAAUAACUGUAACAUUAAACAUUCGUGCAGACGAACAUUCUGUCCGUGGAUAACAUAAAACUAAUCGAGUCGAACCGGCGCCGGACGCUUUUGGUUCUGUCAUCGGUCGGUAUGUUUUGGGUGGUGCUGAGCCGAAAGUCACGGUUCCAGUUGUUGGCUGGCAUGUUCAUUGUGGAGAACAGCAGGCCUCCGGAAACGGUUACGGAGCCCAAUAUGGCGUUUACGGAAGAACCCGAGACGCCCGGACCAGUUACAGAAUCGACACAGACAUACAGUUACCAACUCAGGUGGUUCGACGAGAAGGGAAGGUCCCGGUUCCGUAGCAAGAUGACAUGGGUCGGCUCGAGCUCGUUGUUGAGCGAGGAAAUACGCGGCGGUAACCGUGACGCGUCUGACUCGUAUACUCUGAUCAAGUCCAGGUCGGGAAGCGUGGAGUUCAGAUGGUUUCCCUAA